GCACGAAGGCAAUCCGCUGUCCAAUGGCGGCGCCCUAUGGACAAUUCAACAUGGCGGCGAGUAAGUUUACUCAAGAUGACAUUGAUGCAGCACUGGUGAAGUUUAAUGAAAGGACUGGUCGCAAAAUUGUAAAACUUAAGCCAAAACAAUACAGUGCACUUCUGGAUGUUUUAAAUGGACAUGAUGUAAUUGCAGCAUUACCAACGGGCUACGGAAAAAGCCUCAUCUAUGAAUUGAUUCCAUUUGUAUUGCCUGACGCUAAGGUUAUAGUUGUGGAACCCCUGAAUGUGAUUAUCAAUCAACAAAUGUCCAAAUUAGAUGGUAUGGCUGUAGUUCUUAAAGACUUAAAUAUAAGCAAAACCAUUGAGGAUGGACAAUUUUCAUAUAGCUAUGUUUACAGCCACCCUGAGAACAUACUGGGAAAACCACUGGUCAAUAAAUUCUUUCAGUGCAAAUAUUUUGAAGAAAACAGAGUUGUUAUUGUAAUUGAUGAGGCUCAUUGUAUUUUGGAGUGGGGAGAUGAGUUUCGUCCCGAGUACAGCAAGUUAGUGGAACUCCGGGCUGUACUUCCUCAUGCAAAUAUGCUUUGUCUCUCUGCAACACUCUCUGUAAAAGGUCAGGCUGAUAUUCAAAGAUCUCUAUCAUUAAAAGAUUUUAGAAUCCAUGGUGAGAUACCAGUUAAGUCUAACAUUUCACUAAGUGUUUUAAGAAGACCUUCUAAUUCUAAGGAUGUAAGGAUGUCCUACAGACACAUUUUAGAUGUUUUAUUCAAUGAACUGAAAAACAAAUUGAGUAAUACUCCACUAACUAUAGUAUACUUUAAUUCAUCACUGAACUAUAUUGGAUUUGCUUAUGAGCAUGCUUGCAGAGUAUUAGGGGACUUGUUGUACAAUGGGGAAAAGAGGCCAGAAAACGCCAGAAUUGUCAUGUACCAUGCAUCUGUGGAGUAUGGGAGUGAAGAGCUACGGGAGUUGAUAUUUCAUCAAAUUUCCUCUGAAAAAAGUCCCUUGAGGAUCAUAUUGGCUUCUUCUGCCCUUGGUAUGGGGGCAGAUUUUGGUCUUGUUGAAAGAAUAGUGCAUGCAGGUCCACCUAAAAGCACUGAGGCUUACAUUCAGCAAGUGGGACGUGCAGGCAGAACUGGAAAACAAGCAACUGCAAUUUUAUUCUUUAACAACAGUGAUGUAGGCAGACCUGAAAUGAGCAAAACAAUGAAGGCCUUCUGUAAAAAUGAAUCAACCUGUCGGAGAAAAAUGCUGAAUGACUACUUUGGAUGCUCUGUUGACAACAAAGAGGGUGAAAACAAGCAACCAUUGUGCUGUAACAUUUGUGAUCCUAGCUUAUCAGAAUGGAAUUCUUCUCCACAUCUAAAGCAAGAAGUGAAAUCUGCCAUUCGACAAUCAUUGUCAGAGUACAUUUCACAUAAUGAGUUACAGAUGUCUUUUUAUGAAAUAGAGUCUAUUAUUCACAAUUAUUCUAGAUAUAUGGAGAAAGAGAACUUAAUUCAGGAUUUUCGAAUGAAUCUUGAACAUGCUGAAAAUUUAUGUACAAUUAUAAAAUUUAUUGUGUCAAUGUAAUGCCUUUCAACUGCUGUUUGCUUCAUGGUACAUAAUGUAUAUUCCACCAGUGUAUUGUCCUGAACAUGCUAAAUAUAA